AUGUACAUCGUUAAUGAUAAUCUUGGAGAUAAGUCUCGUAUGGAAGACUGGAGAAUGGAUAAUAUCCUGUUUCCUGAUCUGGUACUAACACUCGAUACAGUCAGAGGUUACGAUCCAUUAACAGCUCCUGAUUUGUUACAACAUGAAUACCCUUUAACUGAAAAGUCCCAAGCAAACAUCUUGAAGGGAAGAGAUGACUCUGUGGAGAUCUUGAACGGUAAGGAUGACAGAUUGUUGAUUGUCAUUGGACCAUGCUCAAUUCAUGACCCCAAAGCAGCUUUGGAAUAUUGUGAAAAGUUGGCAACUCUUGCUGACCAAGUCAAAGGUGAGUUGCACAUUGUUAUGAGAGCAUAUUUGGAAAAGCCCAGAACAACUGUUGGUUGGAAGGGAUUAAUUAAUGAUCCAGAUAUUGAUGGAUCAUUCCAAAUCAAUAAAGGUUUAAGAAUAGCCAGAGAAUUGUUUGUCAAGUUAACUGAAACGUUACCGAUUGCUGGUGAAAUGUUGGAUACUAUUUCUCCUCAAUUCUUGUCUGAUUUAUUCUCUGUUGGUGCUAUUGGUGCCAGAACUACCGAAUCUCAAUUGCAUAGAGAAUUGGCUUCAGGCUUAUCUUUCCCAGUUGGGUUCAAAAACGGUACCGAUGGUACUUUAGGAGUUGCUAUUGAUGCUGUUAGAGCUGCUUCUCAUCCUCAUCACUUCUUAUCUGUAACCAAACCUGGUGUGGUGGCUAUUGUUGGUACAAAUGGUAACGAAGAUUGUUUUGUUAUCUUGAGAGGUGGAAAGAAGGGUACAAACUUUGAUUCUGCUUCUGUUAAAGAAGCUAAGGACGCUUUGACCAAAGCUGGUCUUAUGGGUGAUUCAAAACCUGGACCAAGAAUCAUGAUUGAUUGUUCUCAUGGUAACUCUAAUAAGAAUCAUAAAAACCAACCUUUAGUGGCUGCUGAUGUUGCUCAACAAAUUGCUAGUGGCGACCAUUCUAUUUGUGGGUUGAUGAUUGAAUCUAACUUGGUCGAAGGUAGACAAGAUGUUCCACCAAUUGAAAAGGGUGGUAAGGAUGCCUUGAUCUAUGGUUGUUCUAUUACUGAUGCUUGUAUUGGUUGGGAUGACACUGAAAACGUGUUGAAGACUUUAUCUGAUGCUGUUAAAGCCAGAAGAACCAAGGCUAACUAA